ACAUCUGCGGUGUACGCCUCGUGGUUCUAAGCUUCAACGACUUUGCGCCCAGCUGAGCUUUGAGUGUUAGUAAGCCUUGAAGACCCUUCCUUCCACAGGCUUGGGAUCUCUUCACAUUCUUCUUUCUCGAGCAUCACUGAUCCGUCACCGCAGGCACGACACGCCUCCCCACAUCCCCGCUAGCCCUCGUCUCCACGACUCCCAGACGUCACUGCCACUCGGGCAACUUUGGAGCGGCGACACGCACGCACAUAUACAUGCAUCCGACCCGAGCCUCGCAUUCUCCCACCUCCGGCCGCGCCCAGCAGUACGGCCCCAGCCCUUCGAAUACCGCUCCUUGACUGCGGUCGCAAAUCAGCGUUCUUGUUCGUGCUGCAGCCUCUCCAAGCUUUCACACAAGCCUGAGCAGCCUCUGGGCACUACCCACCCCAAAUCCACCGCAAGCCGGCUAACCGGCACCGCGACGCGAUCCUACCAACACCAUGGCGUGGGACCACCUUUCCAUCAACAAGCCGCACUUGGUGUACAUCAUCUUGGGCGGCUUUACCACCCUGUUCAUGCUGUGCUCCUCGGUGAUCAAGGAGCGCCUGUACAUUGGUGAAGCGACAGUCGCGACGCUGUGCGGUAUCAUCUUCGGUCCGCACGCCGCGAACCUGAUCGACCCAGGAACCUGGGGCAACGUAGACUUUAUCACAUUGGAGUUCUCGCGCAUCGUCUUGGUCGUGCAAUGUUUCGCUGUCGGUGUUGAGUUGCCAAAGGCCUACAUGGAGAAGCACUGGCGGUCUGUCGUGUUGCUGCUUAUUCCCGUCAUGACGUUUGGCUGGCUCGUCACGAGUCUGUUUAUCUGGGGUCUGUUCAGCUCCCAUGUGAACUGGCUCGACAGUCUCUGCAUUGCUGCUUGCGUUACCGCGACCGACCCUGUCUUGGCUUCGUCGGUUGUUGGUAAGGGCAAGUUCGCCAAGCGAGUCCCAAAGCAUUUGCGAGAUUUGCUCUCCUGUGAAUCUGGAUGUAACGACGGCAUGGCGUUCCCCUUCGUCUACCUGGCUAUCUACAUAAUCCGGUACAAGCACCACCCCGAGAAGGUCGCUCUCCACUGGUUCUGCUAUACCAUCCUUUACGAGUGUAUCUUCGGCGCCAUCUAUGGCGUAGUCAUUGGGUACAUUGCUCGUCGUGCUAUCAGAGCUGCCCACGAGAGAGACCUCAUCGAUCGAGAGAGUUUCCUUGUGUUCUACUUCGUUCUGGCUCUGUGGUGCGCUGGCUCUGGCUCGCUCCUCGGUAUGGACGACCUUCUUGUUGGCUUUGCCUGCGGAGUAGGCUUCUCCAACGACGGAUGGUUUCUUGAGAAGACGGAGGAAUCGCACGUGUCCAACGUCAUCGAUUUGCUCAUCAACUUGGCCUUCUUCGUCUACUUCGGUGCAAUCAUCCCCUGGGCGCAGUUCAACGAGCCCGAAAUUCUCGGCCUCAGCCCGUGGCGUCUGGUUGUACUUGGAUUGUUGGUCCUUUUCUUCCGUCGAAUCCCGGUCAUGCUCGCGCUCAAACCUAUCAUCCCGGACAUCAAGACGUGGCGUGAGGCUCUUUUCGCUGGUCAUUUUGGACCCAUCGGAGUCGGCGGCCUUUUCGUCGCUAUUCUUGCGAGGGCUGAGCUUGAGACCGAAAGCACUACUCCUCUGGCUCUGGCUGACAUCCCUGAACCAGACUUCGAGCAUGCCAACAUUAUUGAAAUGAUUUGGCCCAUCACGUGUUUCUUGGUCAUCGUCAGUAUCAUCGUUCACGGAAGUUCUAUCGCUGUCUUCACCCUGGGCAAACGCAUCAACACUCUCACCAUCUCGAUGUCUUACACGCAAGCCAACGAAGACGGGCCGAGCUGGAUGGAGCGCCUUCCACGUAUUCAAUCACGGUCCAAGUCACAGAUGUCUCGCCGAAUGUCGGAGUCUUCCAUGGACGAGAAGAACGGAGACUUUGGCGAGACCGGGCCAGGCCUGCUCCCGCCUCCAGGUUACAAUGGCAACUUCUUGCGUCGACAGAGGGAAGAAGACGAACAGGGCCGAUCAAGCUCUGUGCGCCCAACGUCUCGGUCACGAAAAUCGAAGUGGGAAACGGGCCUUGGUCCUGGUGGCCCCAUUUCGCAGUCCGCAAUCCGCCCUAGCAGACGUGACGAGGAGAAGGCUGAUGGAACCUCGCCAGAUGACGACACUGAUGCAUUUGAUGAUAAGCUGGCCGCUUCAAGCGACAGCUCUUCCAACGGCAAGGGCAAGCUCAAGGAUAGUGAUCGUAGGGACAUAGACCGUGAGGAGGAGAUCUAUCAAGAAGGUCAUCAGACGGUGAUCGAAGACAAGGAGGGCAAUGUCCUUGGUGUCCGAGACAGUCAUGGCGAGCAUGGAGCGGAGCGACGACAAUCUGACAUUCUGGAGGCACGAAGGCUCAUGAAGGAACAGCGCGUGGAACAUGGCGUAUCCCAGAAAGAGCACGAGGGCGAUGCCGAACACGCGCCAGUGAAAGCAGCGGAGGCUGUUGAACAUCCCCACAAGACGUGGCGUAAGCGGAUGCAGAGUUUCACCGGGCACCAUCACGACGACAAUGGCGAUGUGAUCGAGAAGAAGAAGCCUGAGCGACAGCGAGGUCCGGCUUUAGCGUAUCAGUUCGGCAACACCAUCAUCGUCGAGGACGAAGAUGGAGAGGUACUGAAGAAAUACGACAUCCCAGCCAAGCCAAAGGAGUCCAAGGAGCAGCGGCCUGGAGCAACACGCGGCGCCUCAAUGAUCGAGACAUCCGGACGCGCUAUGCAAAGUCUGAAGCGAAUGGGCACGCAUAUGGGUAUUCCAACCCAUCCAGAGGGAGAAUCUUCCAAGAAACAGAAGGAUGAGGCCGACGACAACAACCUUCGUUUCACCCUGACUGCUGGUGGUCGACGGAUGAGCACAUCAGAGUUCAUCCAGCAGAUGAGCCAACUGAACCCGAAGGAUCGCGCCAAGGUGAUACAAGAUAGCAACGUUCCUGAGUCAGUCAAGAAAGAGGCGCAUCAAGACGCAAAGGAUCACCAUCGCCGGACACAGGCUGCAGUCGAGGCCAACAUUCCUCCUGUCAUUGGCGAAGAAGGCGAGGCGCAGCUGCACAAGGUCGAGUCUCCAGAUGCACACAAAGAAGGACACCUUCGUGGCCCCGAGGGGCUGACCCUGGUUGACAGCAACGAAGAGCGUGUGCCAUUCCACUCCGUACGUCAAACUCUCGCGGGUCACUCACAAGACCAGGACAAGGAGACUGCAGCACAGCGCCGACGUCGCCUUGCCGCAGAGCAGAACCAAGGCGGUUCGUCGGCAGAUGGAGAGAGAGAAAGCGACGAAGAGACCCCUGCAGAACGCCGUCGCCGCCUUGCUGCGCUGACGGGUUCAACGUCGCCCCCAGCAAGCCAGGCUCGUCGUCCGAUGUCGCCUAGCAAGCAAGAGUCGAUCUCUAGCGGUGGGUUCGAAGGUGAAACUGCUGCCGAGCGGAAGCGCCGCCUUGGUGCUCUUGGAGUUGGAGGCGAAGACUCUCCGGAGUCUGACUCCGAAGGCGAGCCCGAGACCGGCGACCCAAUGGAAACCGGCCGUGGCACGCAUUCGCAGGCUGCAAAGCAGAACCUCGCACCCCCGAAGGCGCCCGGCAUUCGAUUUGCCGACCAGCCACGCGUCCCCACUAAAGACGAGCGCGCUGCAGAGGACGCAAGACAGAAAGAGGAGUCUGAGACGAAGAAGACCAGGCUCAGCGGCUUCCCCUGGCAAAAGAAGUAGACCGCGGAGCAUGCUCGGCCGCGACCUACACAUUGAGCCGGCAGUUAAUUUGGAGCGAUGUCAGACAUGCAGCGCCACAAGCGUGAAGGCGUGCUGGUUGCUCCGAUCUUUGUAAACAUAUUUGCAUUUCAGCGCGCAUCGUCGUCAAUUUUACCGCACUGCAUAGAAACGUCAAGUUAUACUCCCAUUUAGAGGCAUGAAGCUUUGAUUUAGUUAAUUUAAUGGAAAAUCGCACUCA